GGGGAGAAGGGCUGGGCAAGUUUGGCACAAUGUAGCCGCAAGGGGAGCGAAGGCAGCGGGUUCUGUUCCGUGUCAUGCCUUUCUCCUUUUUUUAAAAAAAAAAAAAACCUUCGCUGAGAAAGGGGAUGCUAAUGAAAGGAAGCCAGAGAAAGAAGCUCCUCUCCUCUCUGUCCUCCCCACGACCAGCCCUACAAAACAAAGGUGCUGCAGGAGAGGUCCGGGACCAGGCGCUUCCGAUGCACCUACCUGCUGGCUUUGCUGCUGCAGCAAUAGGUUGAUGUCGCCAUGCAGCACUAUGGAGUGAAUGGUUACUCCCUGCACGCCAUGAACUCGCUGAGCGCCAUGUACAACCUCCACCAGCAGGCAGCCCAGCAAGCCCAGCACGCCCCCGACUACCGGCCCUCCGUGCACGCCCUCACCCUGGCAGAGAGACUGGCUGACAUCAUUUUGGAGGCACGUUAUGGAUCCCAGCACCGCAAACAAAGGCGAAGUCGCACGGCCUUCACUGCCCAACAACUGGAGGCACUGGAAAAGACCUUCCAGAAGACUCACUAUCCAGAUGUAGUGAUGAGAGAGCGGCUGGCUAUGUGCACAAAUCUACCUGAAGCCAGAGUCCAGGUUUGGUUCAAGAACCGGAGGGCCAAAUUCCGGAAGAAGCAGCGUAGCCUGCAAAAGGAGCAGCUGCAGAAGCAGAAGGACUGUGAAGGGAGCCACAACGAGGGGAAGACAGAGCCACCCGUGCUGGAGACCCAGGCCACAACACCAGACACUGAGAAGACCCAGAGCCUCCCAAGUGAGGUAAGCACGGACCUCAACCUCACCCUGUCGGAGCAGUCGGCCAGCGAGUCAGCACCCGAGGACCAGACCGACAGAGAGGAGGAGUUUAAGAGCACUUUGGAUGAGGCUAAAGUGGACAAGAGCCCUGGUGUGGACGGCAAGGCUUUGAACUGCAAGAGAGCAAGCCCGAAAGCAGAGUCUCCCAUCAGCGCGACUGUGACGCCUUCAUCCAGCAGUGGCCUGGCUCAGACUCACUCCUACUCCUCCUCGCCCCUGAGCCUCUUCCGCCUCCAGGAGCAAUUCCGCCAGCACAUGGCAGCCACCAACAACUUGGUCCACUACUCCUCCUUCGAAAUGGGGACACCGUCCGCCAUGCCCUACUUGGGCAUGAACGUCAACAUGGCUCCUCUGAGCUCCCUGCACUGUCAGUCGUACUACCAGUCACUCUCCCAUGCUCAGCAGGUCUGGUCCUCGCCCAUCCUGCAGGCCUCCAGCUCCCUCCCAAGCCUGAACAGUAAAACAACGAGUAUUGAGAACCUACGGCUCCGGGCAAAGCAGCACGCGGCGUCCCUUGGGCUUGACACCCUUCCCAACUGAGCCACCAUCGCCUGUGAGACGAGACAUCAGAGGCUGGCACUAAAAGUGUCGCUCCUUGACCCCCUGCCCACCCUCAUCUCCUCCUGGAGUAAGGUGCUCCCUUUCAGGGAAAACUUUGCAUUUACUAACGUUUUACUAGCACCGUGAUUGCAUCAGACAUUGCUACCGGCCUGGUCUUUGCUAGAUAUUUAAGGAGGAAAGGGGAGAGGAGGUGUUUAGGCAGAUGAACUGUCCCUCUGGACUGCUGUGAAUUAAGCCUGUCGCGUUCAGAGAAAGCCCCCUCUCCUCAUGUCUGCGAUAAUGUGCCAACUGUGUUAUAUACACCUUUUUUUGUUGUUGUUCUUGAGUUCUUUGGGAAAACAGAGUCAUGCUUUGUCUUGUACAUAGUUUACAAUGUUGAAAGCACCCAUCACCCGUGUGUUACUGUCAGUAUUACAGAACUGUGACCUCUUUUGCUUUUAUUCCCCUUUCUUUCUCAGUUUUAGUAGCUAGUAUCAAAGUUACACAUCAGCCAUCCUCCCGACCGCAGGUCGCAGCUAGUUGCUCUUCUUGGUUCAGUGUCCUAAAGAAAAGAUUUGCAAAGAAAAAUGAUUUUACAUUUCACCACUCUGCUUCUCUCUUCUCUGCUAAAGCCAAUUCUGUAACGGCCAGGAAAUGAUGCAAAGGUGAAUUUCCUGCUUAAGCACUUCUGAAAAGGCAAGCGUUUUUCCUUUAAUUUUUAAUGGCACUUGUUCAAAGACAGAGGACAAAAUGCUGCUGGCUAGGGAGAAAAGCAAAAUCCAAAUUCACAGGAUUAUUUUUUACUUGAUUGUCUCCUCUUUGAUCUUCGGUGAAGUGUAAACUCCUCUAUUUACAAAUUAUGGGGUUUUCUUUUUGGAGAGCAUUUUGGUCUAGCUUUGACAACAGAAAAUAAUAAAAACUUUGUAUGAACUCCCACUGUGUUCAUACACCAUGAAUUAUAUGGUUCUUUGACAAAACCAUGAUUAAUGCAAGCUGUGCCUAGAAAAACGCUCUGAUCACCAAACUCUACCCUCAAGCCCUGCAGCUUCAGAACCUGGUUAGCAAGUGAAAAUGUAGCAAGUGAAAAAUUUCUGAAAUGCUGGAGGCAAAGCAGGCAAUAAGCAGGGGCUUUAUGGAGCUGAGGAGGAAGAGGUAAACUUGCAAGAAGAACAAGGUUUGCGAGAAACCAAAAUUCACCAGUGCAAAGUGAUUUCAGUCAACAGCUUGGGCCUUGUUUAAUGGAAUGAGCUUUCAUUUCAGUAAUCAACCCAGGGUGGUUUUCUUUGUUGAGAAGCAAUGUUUCUGCUGACCCAAAUUACUUUUUUUUUUUUUUUUCAAGCCAAUCCAAAUUAUUAUAUUUUUUUUCCAAGCCAAAUAAAUCCUUUGAACCCACUGCACUGAGCACUAGGGAAGGAAUAAAUCCAGAUCUGAUAUUGCCUAGGACCAACAAUCCAGACCGGCUCUGUGGCAGGUGCUAGGUUUGAAUCCAAAGGGUGUCAGCUGGAUCUGCCACUAAUGAACAGCAGAGCUGGGUUAAUUCACUGCAGACGAUCAUCUGGUCCAUACUUGAUUUAUAGAAGAAGUGUAGAUGCAGCAUGUGCAUAGCCUACAGCCCCUCUUGCUCCUGCCUCACUUCAUACCAGUGCAGAAGCCAUGGGUCAAAUUACCUCUUUAAACACGGGGAGAAAGAGUGUUUUUCAGCUCCACUAAUGCCUCUUGAAAAAGCAUGUAAAUCCUGUAAAUCGAGAUGUAAGAAUAGCCAAGUUUGGUGGGAAAUGAGGGUUUUAUCCCUCAUAAAGCCGUAGCAAGAGCAGAGCUCUGGAGGGGCAGUUCCUCGACCACACCAGAUUCCAAAGAAAAUGGAACAUCUUCCUUAAAUAGUUCUGUUCUGCCAAAUACUCCAGUUUUGGGGUUUUCUCUCCUGCUUUAGUUUUCCUGACUUUGUCAGAUCAGGUCCCGUGACCGGCAGAAUUCUUUGCUUUGCCAAAACCAAAUGUAUUUGUAGGAAGUAGAUUUUUGGCUUCCACUUUCAAAGGACUCCAACUAAAUUAAAACCUCCAAAGUGCAUUUACUGUCUCCAAAAAGAUCCUUUGAAUGUCCCAGCUUUCACUUUUGCAGCAGUGAGUGCCUGUCACCCAAACUGGGGACUCCAGAAUAAAGCUAUAUCAUGCAAGGCAGGGGCACGGAGCACGGGAGAUAAACUCACUUGAUCCAACACUGGAUUUGUUGUGAUCCUCCCUGGGAAGACAGGACCUCCCCACCGAGCCACGGGGGAAGACUCUCCCCUGUGCCUCGGUGCAAAAAUUUAUUUUAAUAUUCAUCACCUUCACACAUCCCACACUACCCUGGUGUUUGAUACCCUUCGUCCCCUGUGAUCCCUGCAACAGGCUGAGCAGACACCAGGAACUUCCCAGAUGGAGCAUCUGGACCUUGGGAUGGUGCCAGCCCAGCCCAGAAAGCAAAUGGGGAGAGGGGACAUCUGGAUUUCUGUCCCUCCCUGGGGACCUCAGUGCAGUGUCCUGCUCAUCUGCCUCUGCCUGGUGCAGCUGUGUCAGAAUAUUUCUUAUGUUGAGAUUAUUUUUCCCAUUCUGAAUCAGGAUGAAAUUAUCUAAUAUUUAAAAAUAAACUAGAGAAAAAACACUCCACGUCAUUGCCUUAAAUCUGCAUAAGCCCUCUGAAAUAUUUUAUGCCAGUUUUGGUUAUCUUCUUACGGUCAAAAUUAACCAAAACUUCCACAAUGAGAGUAAGCUUAUGGGUAAUGAGAAAAUUCAUUUGGAAAUGCAAAAACUAAGAAUUUAGGCUCCCAGAUUGUAAAAGUUCCAUAAAGAAAUAUCUGCCAAAACAGACUCUUUCCUGAAAAUUAU